AGACGGGCAUAUAAUCCCCACUGAGCACAAUCAACAGUCACUCGUAAAAGCAAAACCUUAAAGAAAUAAGAAAUCCAUCAAAACCUCUCCAAUCUUCAAAACUAAAACUAGGGUUUUACUAAAAUCAUCAAAGGGUAUCUUAAAUUCCCAGAUUCUUUUAUGCAAAAAAAUCAUCAUCAAUGAAACUAGCAGGAUUGAAAUCGAUAGAGAAUGCACAUGAUGAAUCAAUAUGGGCAGUAACAUGGGUACCAGCAACAGAAACAAGACAAUCUUUGCUAUUAACAGGUUCACUUGAUGAAUCGGUGAAGCUAUGGAAACCGGAUGAAUUACAUAAUGAAGGAACGAAUACUGGUCAUUGUUUAGGUGUUGUAGCUGUUGCUGCACAUCCUUCUGGGGUUAUUGCUGCUUCUGCUUCACUUGAUAGUUUUAUUAGGGUCUUUGAUGUUGAUACUAAUUCUACUAUUGCUACUCUUGAAUCUCCUCCUUCUGAAGUCUGGCAAAUGCAAUUUGAUCCCAGGGGAAUCAACCUAGCAGUUGCAGGUGGGGGAAGUGCGUCAGUCAAGAUAUGGGAUACAGCCACAUGGGAACUUAUUGCUACCCUUACUGUUCCUCGUCCUGAAGGAUCCAAGCCUUCAGAUAAGAGUGGAAGUGGCAAGUUUGUUCUCUCAGUUGCGUGGAAUCUGGAUGGCAGCCGUCUGGCUUGUGGAUCUAUGGAUGGAACCAUCUCUGUCUUUGAUGUUUCUCGGGCAAAAUUCCUUCAUCACUUAGAGGGUCACUUCAUGCCUGUGAGGUCGCUUGUGUAUUCCCCUGGCGAUACACGUCUGCUCUUUACCGCAUCCGAUGAUUCCCACAUACACAUGUAUGAUGCAGAUGGAAAGAGUAUGGUUGGAGCCAUGUCAGGUCAUGCUAGCUGGGUCUUGAGCGUUGAUGUCAGCCCUGAUGGUGCAGCACUUGCUACAGGCUCAAGCGAUCGAACCGUCAGACUCUGGGAUUUGAAGAUGAGAGCUGCUGUUCAGACAAUGAGCAACCAUACAGAUCAGGUUUGGGGAGUUGCAUUUCGUCCACCUGGUGGAACAGGCGUCAGGGCAGGUAGGCUUGCAAGUGUAUCUGAUGACAAGAGCAUAUCAUUGUAUGAUUACUCUUAAACAGUUGUGUUAAACCUGCAAACGGAUCGACACAGGGUGUUAUUUGAUUCUGUUAGAAGGAAAUACACUGAUGCAGAUUCUUUGGUUUGUCAUUUGUUUUCGAAUAUGAUUCCACAAUGCCCGGGUCUUGUUGUUCAUUAGUUUUAGCUUGUAACUUCAUUUUUGUAUUAGUUCUCCUGCUAAAGACCUUUUUUUUACUGGUUUGAUGA